CAACAACAACAACGUGAAAAUUCUAUUACAAAACAAGAACAACCACAACAGCAGCAGCAGCAGCAAAACAAUUGUUUUAGAUAAAUGUUCGAAAACAUUGAUGAUGAACAAUGAUGAACAACAGCAACAGCAACCAAUUUUUGAAACACCGGUAAUGCCUAUAACACAAUGUUCAUCAUUGAAUCGAUUGAAGCAAUGUACACGAAGAAAACCACAUCAACAUCAUAGUCAUCGUCAUCAUCAUCAUCAUCAUCGUGAAAAUAAUCAAAGCAAAAAACGAAUUGGUAAAGAAAAAACAGUUACAUCAUUACGGCAUCAACGGAAUACAAAUGAUCCAAGUUCAUUGCAAAUGUUACCAUUACCAUCAUUGCAACAACAACAACAACAACAACAAUCACCGGUGAUAAUAAAUAGUCAAAAAUUACGUUUCGAAUCAUUAAAAUCACCUACAGCAACAAUGCCGGCAGCUACCGGUGGCGGUACUAUUCAACAAAAAGAUACAACAACAACAACAACAACGGUGACUGAAUUACGUCAUUAUAAAGGUGUAGGUGGUGGUGGUGGUGGUAUACCGAAAACAUUGAUAAAAGCAAUUAAAAAUUUUUUAAAUAAUUUACCAUAAUCAA